GGAACUCGACUUCUCCUCCUCACUGAUUGCCCACCGAUACCCAUGGCCUCGUCGACUGAGAAGCUAGAGGGAACGACUACUCCCAGCGGUCUGAUUACAAUACCCGAGCCAGAAGAAGAGGACGGACCUGAACCUGGCCCGUCGAAGCCCAGGGCUCCUCAAGUCCGACAGGACAGACUCUAUGUGGGAAAUCUACCUUCAUCGGUUGACGAAUAUACUCUCAUCAAGGCAUUCGAGCGCUUUGGCAAGAUCACUUCACUCGACUUCCUCUUUCAUAAAGCGGGUCCCCAGAAGGGGAAGCCCCGUGGCUACGCUUUCAUCGAGUUCUCCAAUAAAGACGAAGCACUGAAAGCAAUAGUCACAAUGCACGAUAAGUUGGUGCGGGGUCGGAAUCUCGUUGUAACAUUUGCGCACCAAGCACCGCCGAUGGAUGAGGCAGGCCGCCUGGGCAAGCGUAAAACGGAUACAGCGAGACCGACGGCAUUGAGCUUGCUCAAGAAUCAAGCAAAGCUCAAAACCAACGAUAAGAUCGCGGUGCUUGAGCGUAAGCUGGCCCAGUUGCAAAAGGAACAACCAGCUUCAACGGCUCCCGUUUCCACCUUGCCCCAAAUCGCCCCAUCUCUCCCGGAUCCUCUCAACCACCCCCUUCCACCAAAACCGUCAAGCGUCAAUUCACCAGUGGCGUCACCCUCCAAACCUGUUCCAGCACCGGCAGGUAAUAUGAGACGACUGCAGGACGAACCUCCGGACCUGAAGACAUUGAUGGAGAUGCAGCGAAAGCAGAAACAGAGGGAAAAGCGGUUCGGACAUAAGCCGAUCGGGGGACGAUGA